AUGUCUUUGGAACCACAAAAUUUUUCCAGUCUGCAACCACUUUCGCAGCCAUUUGUUAAAAGUUCACUAGUUGAGGUUACCGAUACAUUAGCCGUAAAACCCCCCUGUCGAAUUUUUUUCAAGAAUGAAUACGAGCAGCCCUCAGGCUCGUUCAAGUUACGAGGAAUUGGAAACUUGGUGAGCAAAUCGUACAAAGAAGCAAAAACCAAAUUUCCACAUAAAGAGAUCCAUGUCUAUGCUUCCAGUGGUGGGAAUGCUGGCUUAGCAGCAGCCUAUGCCGCGCGGUACUACAAGGUCAAUUGCACUGUAGUUCUCCCUGUGGUUUCGAAACCUGAGGUUAUUGAGAAACUCAAGACUUACGGAGCCAAAACGGUGAUCCAUGGUGCCAACAUUUAUGAGGCAGACCAAUAUUUACAAGGCAUAUUGAGAAAUGUCAAUGUCUCAAAGUACCAUCCUAUCUACUGUCAUCCAUUUGAAAACCCGCUCAUCUGGGACGGCCAUUCUACCCUUGUUGACGAGAUUUUUCAAUCCCAACUUCCAGAACAAGACAAGCCAAAAGUCAAAGGUUUUGUAUGUUCAGUUGGAGGAGGAGGAUUAUACAACGGGAUCCACAAGGGCAUAAUUCGCAACAAAAGCUCAUCGGAUGUGUUUCUCGUGGAAACGAAUCAAGCACCCACCCUUCACGAAACCAUCAAAGCCGGCAAAGUUAUCACAUUGAAAUCAGUAAACUCGCUAGCCACCUCACUUGCAUGUUCAUCUUUGUCAAUUCAAAGUUUGGCUAAUUAUAACGACCAGUCCAAGGUAAAGACCCAUAUUGCAUCCAUAGACGACUUGGAGGCUGUCAAAGGGUCUGUCAACUUUUAUAGAAACUAUGGCAUUGCAGUCGAACCAGCAUGUGGUGCUUCUUUAUCAGUGUUGUACAACCAGCUACCAUUUCUCACACUGAAGUUUCCCAAUUUGGGGUCUGACGAUAUAAUUGUUGUUGUUGUGUGUGGAGGAUCGUGCACUAAUGUUGAAGGCAUAAAGAAGUUUGAAACCUUGGUUGAAAGACAGGCCCAUAAAUUGUGA